AUAAGACGUCACCUCUAACUUUCGUUCCGCCUAACGCAGUCGCUCCGCAGCAACCGCUUGCGCCAUUAUCUUCAAUGCCUCCUGCUACAGCGCCAGUGCCUCCGCCUGCGGCAGCUCCAGCUGCGCAUCAUCAUCCUUCAGCAGCUUUGGACCCGGUCGCGCAUGCCAUUGGCCGAACGGACAGUCCGGCGGUAGCAACUUCAGCCAAUGCUGCCGUUGCUCCCAGUCCGGGCCAGUACCACCACUCCUAUCAGCCUCUGUACGCGCCUUACGCCUACAAUUCGACGCCCAGUUAUCCCAACUCCGUCCCGUAUCCCACUCCUCCUUUAUCGACGAACGUACCGACGCCACUGCCGGCGCAUCAAACGCAACCCGCUCCAGUAACACAGGCGCAGCCCAUUGCAACCCAUGCGCACCCAACGGCAUCAGUACCUCCUCCUCCUCCUGCGGGAGGUCAGCAGACGAUGCCUGUCAGUUCAAUGGGGGGUUCCGCUCUACCGUUGCACCAUCAGCCCCUUGAGCAUUUGUCAUCGAAACACGGUCCUACUCCUUCGAAAGUAGCAGCCGUUUCCCGCGGGUCAGAGGGCGUGGCUAGAGAACGGGAGAGCUACAGUAGUGUAACGUCGCUGAGUCGAAGUAGCGUUCGAACGACGACGCCCGUUCAGAGCCAUGCUGCUUCAUCCGUCACCGUAGUGUCUUCUAGUCUGGCAGUUCCUGCCCCCACAACUGCUCCGCCGCCGCCGCCUCUUGCUAAACCGUGGCCCACGCCCGCCAAUGGGGCUCCGGCGCCGACUACUCCUUUAACUUCGAGGCUGAGCCCGGCACCUCCGAGGCCAGCCCAACCCAUUCAUAGCAAUUCCUAUCCAGCCAGUGGAGCCCCUGCGCUUUUUGCUCCGCCGCCUCUGGCGGCUCCACCGGUCUCUACAGCUAGUCCUUUAGCUCCAGUGGCCCCAACUGCUACCAACCCCAACCCGUUUUCGGCCGAGAGUCUCUUUCAAACAA